GGGAUGAGGAUGAGAGCUGUGAGUCGUUAAUAGGAGGCGCUGUGCGUCGUCACGUUCGUGCCCGCAACUGCAGCUUCUGUUUUACCACAUACAUACACUAACUGCUCAAUUGAGACUGAAAAGGUUAACUACAACAUAAUGAGCGUUGAACGGCAUUUGGACGGCAAGGUCGCGCUAGUGACUGGCUCCACCAGUGGGAUUGGGCUUGCUAUUGCCCACGGUUUGGCAAAGAGGGGCGCCAGCAUCAUCCUGACAGGCUUCGGUGACGAGGAGCUGAUCAGUAAACUGAAGGAGGAUUUUACCAGCAAAUAUAAGUGUCGAGUAGAUUACAUUGAUGCAGACCUCAGUAAGGUUGCUGACAUCAAUGAGCUGUUCACCAGUGUCAUCAAGUUAUAUCCAGAGGGCGUGGACGUUCUAAUAAACAAUGCAGGAUACAACCACGUCUGCCUUGUUGAGGAAUACCCUGAGGAGAAAUGGGACGACAUGGUGGCAGUCAUGCUGUCAGCUCCUUUUCACCUGUGCAAAAGGUUUAUACCACUCAUGAAGAGAAAGGGCUGGGGGCGCAUCCUCAUCACUUCCUCUGUACACGGUAUGAUAUCGACAGCAGGGAAAGCAGUGUACAGUGCAGUUAAACAUGGUGUUGUGGGAUUGGCAAAGGGUAUUGCGCUUGAGGUAGUUGACUACGGCAUCACUUGCAACACUUUAUGUCCAGGAUUUGUAGACACACCCGUGACACAAAAACAGAUAAAACAAUUUGUACAGGACGAAGGGAUUUCUCUUGAACAGGCCAAAGUCGAUUUGGUGUCAAAGCGACAACCGACGAAAACGUUCAUAGAACCAGAGCAUAUUGCAGAGUACGUGGCCUUCAUUUGUUCUCCCUAUGCCGCACAAAUCACGGGUUCCGCCAUGCCAAUAGAAGGGGGAUGGCUGAGUAAGUGACGUCCCUGGUCACAAGAAGCACACUGAAGAUUUAGCAGCAUCGAACGCCAUCAUGAAAGAACUGUGGUGUAACUAAUAGAAGAUCAGCCCUACAACCACAAUUAAUACACAUCGCGGUUGCUCCUUCGAGUCAUGUGAACUACUUUUUAUCUAAAAAUAAACACUUUGCUCAAUAAAUAUUUUGUGUAAAUAUAUAUAUAUAUUUAAAAUUCUGUUAAAAUUGACGGUGAUCUUCAGUUGCAAAAAAUUGGCAAAGUGGAAAGCAAACUUCUCAUUCGGG